UCAAAUGAAAUGGUCAAAUAAUUAAUUAAUCUCAUGUACAUUAUUUUCGGCAGUCUCAGGCUCGUGAAUGAAUUACUAGCGUAUAUAAACAUUACAUGUGCAGACCACUUUAUAUAUCUAGCUUGACCUCUUGCAGCUUUGGCUCUCAACUAUUUGUUCUCCUCUUGUUAAAAGCUUAAAUGGAAUUUGAGAAUUAUUCAUCGUCACAAUCUUCAAUUUGUCAGACUUUAUCAUGCAAGCAAUGCAACAGCCCUAAUAUUAAUAAUCCUCUACGAGGGCAAGAGCGGCCAGUUGUAGUUUUGAAGAAGAACAAAGCGGGAAGGAAGAAGUUCAAGGAGACGCGGCAUCCGGUAUAUAGGGGGGUACGGAGAAGAAAUGGGAAUAAAUGGGUAUGUGAAGUGCGUGAACCAAACAAGAAAUCAAGAAUUUGGGUGGGGACCUUCAAGAGCCCAGAAAUGGCAGCUAGGGCACAUGAUGUUGCUGCUUUAGCACUUAAAGGAGAGUUUGCUGCCUUGAACUUUCUUGAUUCAGCUUUGAUACUUCCUCGAGCAAAGUCGUCUUCUGCCGAAGAUAUACAAAGGGCUGCCCUUGCUGCUACAGAGGUCUUUGGACGAAGUGCUUCUUCGUGUUCUUCUUCCUCAUCACCUGAUCAUAAGAAACUUUCAUGCGUGACAAGGUCAAGGAAAGUCUUGAGUCCAUCUUUAAGUGAUCUUCCACAUGAGAAGGGCACAGAAAAUGUCUUAAGACCUUCAUUAAUUGACACACAAAGUGUUGAGAUAUAUGACAAGAAAGUUUCUAAUGAAGAGCCUUCUUCAAAUAUGGUCAUGUCAUGCUCUAAUAACUGCUGCCCAGAGAAGAUGCCUAAUCAUUCCAAUGCAACGUUCUUUGAUGAGGAGGCAUUGUUUAACAUGCCAGGAUUACUUGAUAGCAUGGCAGAGGGUUUGAUCCUUACCCCGCCAGCUAUGGCAAGAGGAGUUUAUUGGGAUGACAUGGCUUGUUCUACGGACUUGACAUUAUGGGAGGACGACUACUUACAUUCUCAGUGAUCAUAUUCAAAUGGUAUAAUUUUUCGUUUUUGAUUCAUCAUGGGGUCAUAUAUAGACUUUAUAAUAAAGCUAGAAGUCUCAUACACACAAACACUAUAUAAUUUGGAAUCGAUGACCUAUAUAUCUGAUCACUUACAUAAAGAUCAACCAUGAUCGAUGCCCCAUAAUC